UAACCACGAGGUGUGCGAUUUUCAUAUAAAGUAGAUAUACAGAUCACUAUCAUCUAGCUAAGUGAAUCACCCUCUAUUUGUUCACCAGUUACUUACUUGAGGAACUUGCACAACAUGUUAAUUGAUAUUUCGAGAAAUAUUAAUGAUCAAACUCCAUUUCUGGAGACUUCGGAUUCAUUUGUCGCUCCUGAUGACUUGCAUCCAGUAUUACAACAAUUAGAUAUAAAACAUUGGAAUUAUCGUAAUUUCGUAUUGCAGAUAAUUAAAUCAGAAUAUGUAGUUGAUAAUCUGGAAAGUGUUGAAGUAAUGUGGUUGACCGCUCUGAAAAGUUUAGUGUCUAAUAAGAAUAUCAACUGCGAGCAUCGUGAUUUUAUCCGAAAAUUAAUAGAAUUUCAAAAAUUUGUACCACUGGACCAAGAGAUCACAAGUGCUUUGAACCAACAUGUGGCUCAGUGCAUACGCUACCAGCUAACAAAAUCUGCUGCAAACAUGGAGAAGUGUAUAGAAGAUCAAUCUCGAAAAUACUAUAUCUCUAAAGAAGUAAAUCGCCUACUAUUUUCGUUCGCUCAAAAGAAGUUUAUUAAAAAGAGAAAUAGAAAAGAAUGAUGAUUACAAACCACAGAAAAGACUAAAGGAUGAUGAAAAUGAACAAGAAUAUUUUGAUGAAGACCAGCGCUAUGACAAAGAAAAAAUUGUAAAAAGAGAUAGAUUAAAAGAGACAUUUGCAAGUUUACAAUUGAUUCCUUUAGCUGGUUGUAAAUGGAUAUGGAAAGGUAC